AUGCCCUUCGGCUUAAAAAAUGCGGGGGCCACAUAUCAGAGGCUAGUGAACAAGAUUUUUAAAGAACAGCUCAGAAAGACAAUGGAAGCUUACGUGGACGAUAUGUUGGUGAAGAGCAUGGAAGCAGGGCAACAUUGUAAAGACCUGAGGGAAACGUUCGAGCUCCUCCGUCGGUACCACAUGAGGUUGAAUCCCUCGAAGUGCGUGUUCGGCGUUUCUGCAGCGAUAGUUACUGACCACGAGAAGCAGUUUGACAACGAGCGCUUCAAAAAGUUAUGUUCGGACCUAUCUAUUAAGCUUCUCUUUGCGUCAGUAGCGCACCCCCAGAGCAAUGGACAAGUAGAGAACAUGAAUCGGACGAUUCUGCACGGACUGAGGACUCGACUCGAAUCUAUGCAAGGUAGAUGGACAGAGGAGCUCCCUUCCCUUAUAUGGGCGUACCACACCACCAAAAAAGCAGCAACAGGGGAAACCCCGUUCAUUCUUGUUUUCGGCGCAGAAGCAGUCAUCCUAGUAGAGGUGGGCAUACCCUUUUGGCGAAGGAAAUACUUUAACGAGCAGACCAACAGUGAGGAGCUCAGGAGACUUAGUCCUGAGGAAGAGGCGAAACAACCCGUCCGAGCAGGGGUCGCACAAGUUAAAGCCUAA